AUGGAGGAGGCCCUUGUAGAGCAGCGGAAGCGCCUGCUUCUGGAGCAGUACAUGACGCCCGAGUUUCUGGCCAGCGUUUCAGACACCGGUAAACUGCUCGGUGUGGAACGAGGCGAACAGCCUGCGACAGACUCCGCCAACGCAGAAGGAGAAGAAAAGGAAGAAGAGGAGGAAGACGAAGAAGAGGAGGAGGCGAUGACGGCGGAAGAUCAAGAGAUGGCGCAGACGGCAGCGGCGGGCGGGACCGGUACAGAUACUAUCGCUUAA